AUGGGGCGCGGGGCCAAGGCGCCGUCCUCCGAGCAGGCCUACUCGCGCGCCAUGGCUCUGCUGGACGCCGCGCCGCGGCUGCCGUCUCUCGCGGUCUUUGACCUGGACUACACGAUCUGGCCGACCUUCUGCGAGUUCCAUUCGGGACGGGAGGAGUGCUCGGUGUACCCGGAGGUCCAGGGCAUCCUGGAGGCGCUGAAAGCCAAGGGCGUGAAGCUGGCCGUGGCGUCUCGGAGUCCGACGGCCAGCGUGGCCCGGGCGUGGCUCAAGAAGAUCGACUUCGAGCGCUACUUCUGCAGCACGCACAUCUUCUCCAGCUCCACGAACAAGACGGAGCACUUCCAGAAGAUCAAGAGCGACACGGGCGUCCCGUACAGCGAGAUGAUUUUCUUCGACGACGAGGACCGCAACAUCCACGCCAUCAACCGCAUCGGGGUGGUCGCCGUCGACGUGUCCCGGCGCGGCACGGACGUCGCGGCGCUCAAGGAGGCGCUCGACCGCUACGGCGACAAGGCGGACGAGAGCCGGGGGUUCUAG